ACAACAUACAAACUCAAAUUACUAUGGGUAUGGAAGUGAGAGAUGCAUGUAUGGACAAAGAACCUGAUGGUGUCAUAAAAUAUUGUAGUGCUGCUUCCUCUGUUUUAAGUCAUGAGAAUGCACCAACUCAUUGUGAUGGCUCCGAAUCAGAAUCAAUUGAGCACGUUACUGGGAAUUCUAAGUUCUUCCCUGUGCUUGAAGAGUAUGAUUUAAAGGAGUGUACCACAGAAAACUCAAGUAUGAUUUCUGAAGUUUGUGAAGCUGGAAAAUGUGAGGAGAAAGAGUUCCCCAGUACAGUUCACAAUGGGCAUUCGCAAGAAAAAGUCAAAGCUCAAAACAUGAAAGCAAAGGCGGACGCAAGGACUAAGGUUUCACCCAAGGUUGCAUCAAAACCUUGUGGUUCAAAUGGCCGGACUAACUGCACUGUUCCGCAGCCAUUUGCUUUGGCUACUGAAAAGAGAGCAUCUAUUCGUCCCGUAGAGGCCGAGACUGAUGUAAAUAAAUCGUCACUGAAAACAAAGAUCACACAGCCGACCAUCAGUGCCAAGAAAAGCCAGAUUUCGGUAACUCUAUCAAGGAAACUGCUGCAACCAGACAACAAAAAACAUCCUGAUGAGGAAGAGUCAAAUUCUGCUGUUUCUGAUGUUGCUCCAUCUCUGAAGACUUCCAGGGCUAAAACCACUGUUGCAUCAGCCCCAGUGUUUAGAUCCACUGAACGUGCAGAGAAGCGCAGAGAGUUCUAUAAUAAAUUAGAGGAAAAACAUCAAGCACUAGAAGCAGAGAAACUUCAAAGUGAAGCAAGGACAAAGGAGGAGAUAGAAGCAACUAUUAAGCAACUAAGAAGGAAUUUAAUGUUCAAAGCCACCCCAAUGCCAAGCUUCUAUCACGAUGGACCACCUCCUAAGCUUGAACUGAAGAAGGCACCUUCAACUCGUCCAAAAUCACCUAAGCUUGGAAGGCAGAAGAGCUGCAGUGAUGCUGUCAGCUUAUCUCAAGGAGCCAAGGGAAAGAAAGCAUCUGGAAAGGGAAAUCGUUAUAGUAUUGGCAUUCAGAAAAGAAGUCCUACAGUGUCUGAGAAUGAGACGUUUGAAGACAAUGAGGAAAUUGAACAAGAACAUCAUCAGUCAGUAAUGAAUCGAGCUAUGGUGUGCUCUAUGAAUGAUGAGCACAAUAUGGGGAUCCUGAGUCACUGAUGAUGAAUAAUCGUCUAUUAACUAUAAGAACUAGAGAUUCAAGUGGUGAUGUUUACAUUCUGUUGAAGUUCUUUUUUCACCCGUUGUUUUUAUCUUGUGAUUUUCUGAGGAAGAUGUAGCUAUUUGAUAAAGUGCAUGCGAGGACUGUAUGUCUGCGUCAAUUGUUUUGUAUGAUGAAAAAUUGUAUAUGGCUGAUAACUUAUUUCGUAAUUUAUAAUGAGAGUUCAUGUUAUCAUAA